AUGGGUCCGUACUCUGGCAAUUCUCGCAAGCCAUGGGCCAAGGCGGUGGCUGCCACCAGAAGUGCCAUUUUCGAUCCGAAUCUGGCGCAAAGCGAUGAGCUACUGGCAGCCAUCUUCAUGCUCGACUUCUACGAAGGCCUUAAUCGGCGUUACGUCAAUAUGCUCGAGGACCCUGAUCUACACCAAAAAGCUGGAAUGGCGAUAAUGCAAGCGCGCGGUGACAACAACCUCUCGACCGACAUCUCGAGAAGGCUCUACUCUGCGUUGAAAUCAAAAUAUAUCUUCAGUCAUUUGCAGUCAAGAAGACCCGUCGACCAGAAUGACGACUUCAUCAUGAACCAACCCCCGGAGCUCUCAGAAUGGCCAACUUCGCGUCUGGACCGAGUGAUGGUCGACUUAUCAAAUGUACUUGCCAAUCUUGAGGAUUACUCCAAAAGAACCAUGUCUUUCGCCGCCCUGCGACUAGAUUCCGAUGGCGUCUUCGACACGUUAUCAGCGGAGGCACUCCUUCGAGAGUGCUUCCGGAUCAAGCAGGUCAUGAAUGAAUGGCGUGACAAUGUCCCUAAAUCAUGGCAGCCUUAUCGUAUCCAGGAUCCGGAAGAGAUACAUUACUCAAUUCGAGCAGUUGGUCUCUACAACGGCCUUUGCGAUGUGUACAGCUCACACACGGUCGCGCAAAUGAUGAACUUCUGGAGGACUAUGAAGAUUACAGUGCUUCGUCUCAUCAAACACCUCUCCUGGCUGGUUGGGGUGCAGUUCCUACUCGAACAUGUUCCAACGGAUGCCGAGAUCGAUGAAGAAAUACAACAACUCGCUGACGAGAUUUGUGCGUGUGUUCCCUUCCAUUUAGGCAGUCGAACGACGGUGUCAUACCCACACGAGCCUCAAAGAUACCCACCGGUACCAGAUUGGCUACGGGAAUCGGCAGAUUAUAUCGAUUCAAUGGGAAGACCAACCAUCAACACCGAUGCCGAUCAUGCUCGGACUGCUGCGUCAGCCGGUGGUUGGUUCCUGCUCACUCCGUUAACCACACUGAUGGAAUAUUACCGACCAUUUCCCUUGACUCCAGGCGCUGAUGAGCGAUCAACUUUGGAACCCAUGAAUUUAAGACAGGGUCAGUCACGGUGGAUUAUGGGACAAUGCAGGAGGAUACACAAGAUUUACUUGAUACCCUGGCCAUACGGACCGAUCGAAGGACGCGGUGUCGGAGGCUCCCUAUCGCUAUCAUCGUCUUGGGGACCGAAAGAUAUCGGCGCACGACUUUACUAG